CUGCCCUGUGCUCCAUGUGGAAGAUGCUGUCCACCGUCUCUCGCGUGUUGUCGGGUAUUAUCCAGAAGCCGGCAGGCAGAGUGCUCGUGGCAUCUCGUCACUUUGCAAAUGAUGCUACAUUUGAAAUUAAGAAGUGUGAUCUUCAUCGGCUGGAAGAGGGCCCUCCUGUAACAACCGUGCUCACCAGGGAGGAUGGGCUUAAAUACUACAGGAUGAUGCAAACUGUCCGCCGGAUGGAAUUAAAGGCAGAUCAGCUGUAUAAACAGAAAAUCAUCCGUGGCUUCUGCCAUUUGUAUGAUGGUCAGGAAGCGUGCUGUGUGGGCCUUGAGGCUGGUAUCAAUCCCACAGAUCAUCUCAUUACAGCCUAUCGAGCCCAUGGCUUUACCUUAACUCGUGGUCUUUCCGUCCGAGAAAUCCUCGCAGAGCUAACAGGACGAAGAGGAGGUUGUGCUAAAGGAAAAGGAGGGUCCAUGCACAUGUACGCCAAGAACUUUUACGGGGGCAAUGGCAUCGUGGGCGCUCAGGUGCCCCUGGGAGCCGGCAUUGCUCUGGCCUGCAAGUACAAUGGCAAAGAUGAGAUCUGUUUGACUCUCUAUGGGGAUGGUGCGGCUAAUCAGGGUCAGAUAUUUGAAGCUUACAAUAUGGCAGCUUUGUGGAAACUGCCUUGUAUUUUCAUCUGCGAGAACAACCGCUACGGAAUGGGAACGUCUGUGGAGAGAGCGGCAGCCAGCACCGACUACUACAAGAGAGGAGAUUUUAUCCCUGGACUGCGGGUAGAUGGAAUGGAUAUCCUGUGUGUCCGGGAGGCUACAAAAUUUGCAGCUGCCUAUUGCAGGUCUGGAAAGGGGCCCAUCCUGAUGGAGCUGCAGACUUACCGUUACCAUGGGCACAGUAUGAGUGAUCCUGGAGUCAGUUACCGUACACGCGAAGAAAUUCAAGAAGUGAGAAGUAAGAGUGAUCCUAUUAUGCUUCUCAAGGAUAGAAUGGUGAACAACAACCUUGCCAGUGUUGAAGAAUUAAAGGAGAUUGAUGUGGAAGUGAGGAAGGAAAUUGAAGAUGCAGCCCAGUUCGCUACAGCUGAUCCUGAACCACCCCUGGAAGAGUUAGGCUAUCACAUCUACUCCAGUGAGCCACCUUUUGAAGUUCGAGGGGCAAAUCAGUGGAUCAAGUUUAAGUCCAUCAGUUAA